AUGAAGAAAAGAAAGAGGUCCCAGGACAUAGCCGUUAUGGCCCCGCAGAAGAAACCAUCAAACGUCGUCACCGACACCGCUGCCAAGGAACCAUGUCGGCUGCUGCAAGCUCUCCAACAGUACGGCUUAUUGUCAGGCAUAACAUCUUACCUAUUCCCGAAGGAUCUUUUCGCUCUUGCAGCGACAUCGAAGGCCGCCCAUAGGAUGAUCUUUUCGAGCAAAGAUAGCCGUUCGACCCUCCUCAAAAAGAUGGCGUGUGACGGCAAGGGAGUCCGCCUCCGGAAUUCGCUACACAAGAAAUCCAAAUACUUCACUCAAUUCGACUGCACUAGUUACGUCCAAUGCGGCACCCACGAUCUCAACCGUGAAGUCGAAAGUCGGCCUUGUACAUCGUGCAAGCGCACUACUUGCGACGAGUGUCGGGUUCACUGCGUGUAUCAGAGCCACUACCAGCCUCCAGACGAGCCAGACGAACUGCCGAACUUCUCCGGUUUUGCCCUGCUGUCGUCACAAGAGAUGGGAAUUAUCAGCCCUCUUCACCUCGGUCGCAACGAUACUGCAUCUUGGGUAGACGCGUCCGCCACACGCUCGAAACCACACCACGAUCAAGGCUUUCUCGACCUUCCUCUCGAAGCAGGCGUGUACGCGGCGCCGGAGUCGGUCGCCGAGAUCCUCGACUUCAACUUGGGAAGCGGACCUUUGCAGUUUUCGCGGUCCUCCGACUCGCCUCAUCCGUCACCUGUACUUCAACCGUUUUGGGACGUCACCGAACAACGAAAGCGAUCGUUCUGCGGGAGAUGUUUCCUUCGAGAAUGCGAAUCUAUCAGCAACGGGUAUCCGAAGGAAUGUCAAUGCACUCUAAGAGCCCGCUUUCUGGAUCGCUGGCUCUGUUUGUGUUGUUAUCGACGCGAGAUAAGCGCGGACAAGAAAUUUUCCCGUGGCGCAAAGCUCCUGUCACCAGCCGCGUGCAGCUGUGGACGUUCUUUUCAGUCCGAAGCAGCGCGCAUUGUGUGCCUCUGGUGUCGCGGUGAGGCGGCGUCGUCCGCCGUCCCGCCAUAG